GAUCGAGAAGCAAAUGGCCUUAGAGGAAGAAAUUCAAAAGCUACUGAAAGUAGGGUUCAUAAGAGAAGUGUGGUAUCCUACAUGGCUUGCGAACCCGAUUUUCGUCAAGAAAAGCUCGGGUCUUUGGAGGAUGUGUGUAGACUUUACAAGUCUCAACAGCACGUAUCCCAAGGAUUCAUACCCACUCCCUCGGAUUGACCAACUCAUCGAUGCCACGACCAACCACACCAUGCUAAGUUUUUUAGACAUGUUUUCAGGAUACCACCAGAUAAGUCUCUCAGAAGAAGUCCAGGAGAAGACCGUCUUCAUGACGCCAAUGAGAAACUACUGUUGGAUGGUGAUGCCUUUCGGCCUGAAAAAUGCGGAGCAACAUACCAAAGAAUGGUGGAUACUAUGCUACGCAACCAGCUGGGAGGAAUGCGGAGGCGUACGUCGAUGACGUCCUCGUUAAAAGCAAAGAGGCAGACACGCAUUUGGAAGACCUUAAAUAAACUUUCACCAAAAUGAGAAGGCACGGGCUGUGCUUAAACCCGUCCAAGUGCUUCUUCGGUGCGGAAGAGGGCAAGUUCCUGGGUUUUCUAAUCACAAAGCGGGGAAUCGAAGCUAAUCCAAAGCAAAUCGAAGCAAUCCUCCAACUCAAGGCGCCCAAAACGAUCAAGGAAAUCCAGGCUUCAACGAGAAGAUGGCAACACUAAGCUGUUUCAUCCCACACUCCGUAGAUAAGUGCUCGCCAUUCUUCCAAGUGUUGAAGAAGUCCGCCGCUCGAUUCAAGUGGAACGAAGAAUGCAACGAGGCCUUUCUAUGCCUCAAAGACCAACUAUCGGCGCCGUCUGUGCUUAGCUCCCCGCUCAACGGAGAACGCUUGUUCAUGUACCUGGUUGUUUCCCAGCAAGCGGUAAGCUCGAUAUUGGUAAGGAGAUCAAUUGAUGAUGGUAGGGACCAGCUAGUGUACUAUGUCAGCAAAACCUUGCUCCCGGCGGAAACGAGGUAUCUGGUGGUUGAAAAGGAGAUUCUCACGGUGGCAAAGACCGCCCGUAAGCUACGCCCCUACUUCCAGGGGGGCAGGGACACCCCAUCACCGUCCUGUCCAACUUGCCGCUCAAGAAGAUACUUCACGGAAUGGACGUCUCAGGGAGAAUAACCAAGUGGGUAGUCGAUCUUAGCGAGCACGACAUAUCUUACGCCCCUAGACCGGCCAUCAAGGCACAAGUCAUGCGGACUUCAUCUUUGAAGGCUUUGGAUUGGAAAAGGAGCUGACAAAAUCCUAGGAAGCGUGGAGGUUGUCAGUAGAUGGUGCAACAGGAAAAGGCAGAGCAGGAGCAGGAAUAGUGAUAGAAACUCCGGAGGGAGUAAUCCAUGAAAUUGCCAUGCGUUUUGAUGAACUCAAGACCAACUACGUUGUGGAGUAUGAAGCGUUAAUCAAUGGGUUGAGGCUCAUCGCAAGCAUGGGAGCGAUAAAGGUGAAAAUAUACUCGGACUCUGCGUUGGUGGUAGGACAAGUAAACGGGAACUUCAAAACGAAGGAAGAAGAGCUAUCGUAGCUAGCUAGUAAAUCCCAGGGAGCUUUGGCGCAAAUGGAGGAAUGGACACUGGAACACGCCAGGAGGGAAAACAACGGGGAUGCAGACGCGCUAUCCAAGCUCGCCAUGACCAUGGAUUUUGAAGGAGAAAGGCAAGUCACGAUCACCAAAGAAGUAGUCCAAUUGGAGAGCGUAAACGAGCUAGAGGAGCAAGAUUGGGGACACGAAAUCCUUAAUUUUCUCGAAAAGGAUGAAGCUCACUGUAACACCCUACCCUAUACGUUUUGCCUAAUCAUAUUGUUCAUACAAUUGCAGCGGAAAUAAUCUCGGGUGUUACAUUAAUUAUCAAAAUUUACCUAAAUAAAAUUUCGACAUGAAUUACUCGCGUAAUGGGCUAACAGUUCUUGCAACUUAUCCUGCAAAAUAAUUCAUCACAACAUAUAUACUCACAACCAUAAGUAUUGGCUUUCAUAGCCAAAGUCACAGUUUCAUACUACACAACUGCAUACUAUACUGAUACAAGCCAUAAUCGUCACAACUUACAUAAUUACAAAAAUAUACACAUAUCAUCAACUUUCCACACCUGUGGAUAUCUCACACUAUAUCAGAAGCUAGUAUGCACAUGAAAAACGUUCUCAAAACAUUUUUACAAAAAGGUGUGGAUCACUGGCCAAAAUCCCAAGUAGUAGUCCAAGCACAGAAUAGUUGAAGACCAUACCUCAUCCUGGCUUCAACUCUAGCUCCUCUCCCACCUAACACUUAUCUACUGCUGCUGCUGAUGAUCUGCUUACACAUAGCAUAAGCAGAGAAGAAGAAUAAAAGAGGGUCAGCUCAUAGCUGAGUGAGAUAAUCAUAGCAUCGUGAGUUCAUAACAGAGCAUACCCCUAUCAUACAUCUAACAAUCAAACCAAAACACUAGGAUCGGACCUCAGCCAUCCUCAUAUCCCAAUAGGCAAAAGACUCAACCACCUUGACUUAUGCAUAUGCAUCUUAUCAUGUUUUAAUCAUAGGCGCCUGGCUACUCCCAUGCUAAUAACUCUCCCGGGAAACAUACCCCACAUCCCGUCGGAUGUAGUCAUACAUACCCCAACAUCCCGUCGGAUGUGGUCAAACAUACCCCACACCACUAUGGGUGUAGUCAUACCCCGACACCGCUCUGGGUGUGGUCAUAUCUCGUAAGAAUUCUUCAGUCACCACCACAUGAGAGGUGUGACUAUCAUACAUAUCAUAAUAGAGUAAUAGCAUAGGG